GGGGACGCGCAGGGCGGCGGGACUCAGGGCGGCGGCUCAGGCGGUACCAGAGCCCGGCUGGGCUCCGGAACACGUGGGGACGUGGGCGAGGAACGCAGGCUGAAAAAUCAAGAACUAGAAACUGGAGGUAGCAGUUUCCUGACAUGGAGAAUUCAGCCAGUAACACAGUCGGAACUUCUCCUUGUGAGGCCGAGCUUCAGGAGUUAAUGGAACAAAUCGAUAUCAUGGUGAGCAACAAAAAACUGGACUGGGAAAGGAAAAUGCGAGCUCUGGAGACACGAUUGGAUCUUCGGGAUCAAGAGUUGGCAAAUGCACAGACUUGCCUGGAUCAGAAAGGGCAGGAGGUGGGGUUGCUUAGACAGAAGUUGGACAGUCUGGAAAAAUGCAACUUAGCAAUGACUCAGAAUUACGAAGGACAGCUUCAGAGCCUCAGAGCGCAAUUUUCCGUACUAACUAGUAGCUUUGAAAAACUGAGAUUACACCAGAUGAGACAAAGCAGAUUUCGGAGAAGAGAGGUACCACACCUCAAAGAAGACGUUCCCUUUGAACCGAGCAACUUGAACCAGAAGCUAGAGAAACAGGCACAAAGCUUCCAGACCCAAAUAAAUGGCAAGAAGCAGUUCCCAGAAGGCUGCAGCUCUGAAAUCCCUCAGCUGAUCUGUGAGGCAGAGCCCAGCUUCGAUGCCAGCGAAAAAGACGAGUUCAUCAUCGAGAAGUUAAAGUCAGCCGUGAGUGAGAUCGCGUUCAGCAGGAAUAAGUUACAGGACGAAAAUCAAAGGCUCUUACAAGAACUGAAAAUGUACCAAAGACAGUGCCAGGCCAUGGAAGCAGGACUCUCAGAGGUGAAAAGCGAGUUACAGUCCCGCGAUGAUCUCCUGAGGGUCGUGGAAAUGGAGCGGUUGCAGCUUCACAGAGAGUUACUGAAGUUCGGGGAGUGUCAGAAUGCUCAGGAAGCAAAGAGAAGCCCAGAAAAGAAAAAGAAGGAGCUGGUCUCGGUGCUCCCAGAUCCACAGAGUCGAGAGAAAGAAUCAGGCACGACCAGAAGCCGGCUGUACCCGGAGGAGGAGCCGGAGCGCAUGCGGGCCGAGAUCUCGGCACUCACGGAGGAGCUGCAGCAGAAGGAGCUCACCAUCGCCAUGGUCAUGAAGAAGGCGGCGCUGCUGGAGAGGCAGCUCAAGGCUGAGCUGGAGAUCAAGGAGAAGAUGCUGGCCAAGCAGCAGGUCUCCGAUGCACGCCGAGCGGCUAGGAUGGAGAGCACGCAUCUGAAGGGAAUGAUGGGCGACUUGGACACUGGGCGGCUCCUGAGGAUGGACUUCAGCGGGAGUCACUCAGGGCAUCCAACUCUUAACAAGCUGGAAAGUGAGAAUGAAAGACUCCGGCACGACCUCGCAAAGCUCCAUGCCUCUGGGAACCCGGCGUGGACUCCCCACAGCACCUUUGAAGAAGCGGGACAUUGUGCUUACCCCAACCAUGCCAGAAUGGACAAGAACGAGAGCAGACUUAGCCCAAACAGGAGCGCCACGCCUCCACUGUCCCCUCUGCCAUUCCCAUGCAAGGACAUGAGUGGUGAGGACGGCUGCUUCUCCCUGUCUCCCCCUGACAUCGCCUUCCCAGCCUCUCUGGCCACACAGCAUUUCCUUCUGGAGGAAGAAAGGCGAGCGAGAGAGCUUGAGAAGCUUCUCAAUACACACAUCGAUGAACUGCAAAGACACACAGAAUUCACUCUUAAUAAAUACACCAAGCUAAAGCAAAAUAGACACAUCUGAGCUUUUCCACAUUUUUAUUUGCUUCCCCCAUCCUGAGAAGAAAAAAAGCUCAGGCCAAAUAUUUAUAAAGCCAACCAGUGAAACAAAUUCUGAUGUUUUUGUGAGUAAAUCAUUUCUGUAAGGCAGCUAGAAAAUAGCAACUUUUUUCUGCAUUACCAUGACAAAUUGUUCAGCUCAAGGGUGACCACAAAAUAAACACAACUACUCCAAAAGCAGUGCUCUUCCGUCGAAGGAAUAUUUUGGAAUUCUUUGUGCAGUUUUUCUACUUGAAUCACAUCUGGUGAAAACUUUCCUCUAACCCCACAGCCCCCAGUGCCCCUGAGUCACAGUCCCUUGACUGGUAACAGAACUCAGGGUUUGGUGUUUUGGGUUUUUUUUUUUAAUCAAAAAUAUUCAGUAUUUUGAACUAUGUAAACAUCCUAAAUUUUCUCUUGGA